AUGCCUCCCUAUCCGCCCCUGAGCAGCAAUACCUCUUCGACAUCUCCAGCCUGCCCGAGGCGGAGGAGGUGACGGGCGCGGAGCUGCGAGUUCUACGCUCCCUCCCCGAAAACCAAAGCUUGGCCCUGUCCCCCGAAGGCACCUUCCACCACCUCCUCCUCUUCACCUGCCCAAGUCGGGACGGGGACGACUGGAUAAUCGCCCCCCUGGAUUACGAGGCAUAUCACUGUGAGGGGGUCUGCGACUUCCCGCUGCGCUCCCACCUAGAGCCCACCAACCACGCCAUCAUCCAGACCCUGAUGAACUCCAUGGACCCGGAGUCCACCCCACCCAGCUGCUGCGUGCCCUCCAAGCUCAGCCCCAUCAGCAUCCUCUACAUAGACUCUGGGAACAACGUGGUUUACAAA